GCGGGAGUUGCGACGCCGCGCGUCCCCGUCUUCAACGCAGCGCGGGAGAUUCAGGAGACGAAAAGCGACCCCAUCACCAAUCCGUGGACUCUGCGCACUGGGGAAGUUUCCGGUGUUUGUGCAAAGAUGCCUUGUGAGAGGAAGCCGAUGCGCUACGGGCACUCGGAGGGACACACCGAGGUCUGCUUCGAUCACUCUGGGAGGUUCUUGGUGACCGGCGGGAACGACGGAGAUGUUCGCAUCUGGGAGGGUCUGGAUGACGACGAUCCCAAGUUCAUCACCGUGGGGGACAAGGUGUACUCUCUGGCGCUCAAGAACGGCAAGCUGGUGACGGCGAGCUCCAACAACACGGUGCAGAUCCACACGUUCCCCGGGGGCGACCCGGACGGCAUCCUGACCCGGUUCACCACCAACGCCACGCACGUCACCUUCAACAGCAGCGGCUCCAGGGUCGCUGCCGGCUCCAGUGACUUCAUGGUGAAGGUGGUGGAGGUGUCAGACAGCAGCCAGCAGAAAACGCUGCGAGGCCACGAAGCGCCUGUCCUCAGUGUGACCUUUGACCCCAAAGACGACUUCCUGGCCUCCGCCAGCUGCGACGGCUCCGUGGUGGUUUGGAGCAUCGAGGAUCAGUCCCAGCUGAUCCGCUGGCCUCUGCUGCAGAAGACCAACGACGUCAGCAACGCCAAGUCUCUGUGUCGGCUCGCCUGGCAGCCCGUGGGGGCAAAGUUGUUAGCGGUUCCCGUGGAGACGAAGGUGCACCUGUACGAGCGAGGCUCCUGGGAUCACGUGAGCACGCUGUCCGAUGAUCUGCAGACGCAGCUCAUCAACGUGGUGGCCUGGUCUCCGUGUGGCCGGUUCCUGGCGGCGGGCGGCGUGGGCGGCUCGCUGACGGUGUGGGACGUGAACAGCAAGCUCUGCGUGGAAAGGCAGAAGCACGAGAAGGGCCACACGGUGUGCAGUCUGGCCUGGAGUCCUUCAGGCAGCCAGGUGGCCUACACCGACACAGAGGGCCGCCUGGGUCUGCUGGACGGACUCAGCACCUCCUCCUCCUCCUCCUCCUCCUCCAAGCCGUCUAAGAAAGCGGCCGAAACCUACGACGACCUUUUUGACGAUGACGAUGACCGGCUCAUGGACGAAGGCCUCAGCGAACACAACUCGCCGGUCAAGAAACCCGUCGCCGUGGACGACGAUGAAGACGAUGACCUGAUGCCGGCGACGGGGCGGCCGAGGAACCGCGGGGCGAUCCUGGACGACGAGCUCUCGCUGGACGCCGGCUCGCUGAAGUUGGGUCGGGACAAAUUUGGAGGCGACGAAGACGGGGACGACGCCAGCAGCGCCGUCAUGGCGGCCGCCCCCCCGCCUGGGCCCCUUCGCCCCGUCUACGAGGGGCCCCUGCCGACGCCCCCGCAGAAGGCCUUCCAGCCGGGCUCCACGCCGGCUCACCUCACGCACCGCUUCAUGAUGUGGAACUCGGUGGGAAUCGCUCGCGGCUACAACGACGAUCAGGACAACGCCAUCGACGUGGAGUUCCACGACACGGCCGUGCACCACGCCAUGCACCUCGCCAACUCGCUGGGUCACACCAUGGCCGACCUUUCCCAGGAGGCCGUGCUCCUGGCCUGCCCCGGCACGGAGGAGCUCGCCAGCAAGCUGCAGUGCCUCCACUUCUCCUCCUGGGACACCAACAAGGACUGGAUGGUGGACCUGCCGGCGGGCGAGGAGGCGCGGGCGCUGUGCCUCGGGGGGGGCUGGGCGGCGGUCGCCACCAGCGCCCUGAUGCUCCGCCUCUUCUCCGUGGGGGGGGUCCAGAGGGAAGUCUUCAGCCUGCAGGGGAACGUGGUCUGCAUGGCGGGGCACGGGGAGCAGCUGCUCAUCGUCUACCACCGGGCCCCCGGCUUCGACGGGGAUCAGGCUCUGGGGGUCCAGCUGCUGCAGCUGGGGCCCAGGAAGAGUCAGCUGAUCCGCGGGGAGGCGCUGCCUCUGUCCCGCCGGGCCCACCUGACGUGGCUCGGGUUCACCGCCGAGGGCACCCCGUGCUACGUGGACUCGGAGGGGUCGGUCCGGAUGCUGAACCGGUCCCUCGGCAACACCUGGACACCCGUGUGCAACACCGGGGAAACGUGCAAAAGCCGGUCAGACCACUACUGGGUGGUGGGGGUCCACGAGAACCCCCAGCAGCUCAGGUGCAUCCCCUGCAAAGGCUCCAGGUACCCCCCCACGCUGCCCAGGCCAGCUGUGGCCAUCCUGCCCUUCAAGCUGCCCAUGUGUCAGACCUCCACGGAGAAGGGACUGAUGGAGGAGCAGUUCUGGCGCUCCGUCCUCUUCGAGAACCACUUUGGGUUCCUGUCGUCCAGCGGCUACGAGGUGGACGAGGAGGCUCAGACUCGCUCCCAGAAGGAGCAGCAGGAGCUGCUGAUGAAGAUGUUUGCACUCUCCUGUAAGCUGGAGAGGGAGUUCCGCUGCGUGGAGCUGGCGGAGCUCAUGACCCACAACGCGGUGACCCUGGCCAUCCGCUACGCCUCGCGCUCCCGCCGCAUGGGCCUCGCCCAGCGCCUCAGCGAGGUCGCCCUGGAGAAGGCCAACCGCCUCCGGGAGGAAGAGCCGGAAGAAGAGGCGGAGCACGCUGCCAGACGGGCUUCUGGGUACGAGGUCACAGGAGGUCGCCAAGGCAACAGACCUAACCACAAGGAGCAGGUGGAGCAGGUGGAGCAGGUGGAGCAAGUACAGGGGCCCCAGGAGGAGGAAGAACCAGAAACCAGAGAAUGUGUCAAUCCGUUCGCUAAAGAAGCCACUUCACCUGUGGUUCCUUCUCUGACACCACUCGGUAAAUCCGGACGAGCAAAUCCCUUCAAGGUCUCCUCCUCCUCCUCCUCCUCCUCGGCGGCGCAGCCUCGCGGGACCAACAUCCUGGACAACAUGGCGUCCGGCAGGAAGUCGUCUCCGCUCGCCGGCUCUGCAGGGAAAGCAAGCAAAGGCCCCGUCCUCAAACCGCUGCCCCCCCGACCCAGAAGCAAGACUCAGUCCACUCUGCUGCAGAUGACCAGCUCCAAGAAGAAGACCCAGGAGAUCACGCAGAAGCAACCUGAAGCUCCGCCUCCAGCGUCGCCUGCUGACAGCGGCGACAACGACAGGCCCAAGACGGGCUUCCAGCUGUGGCUGGAGGAGAACAGGAAGAGCAUCAGCGCCGACCACCCCGAGCUGGAGGAGACGGAGGUCAUCAAGGAGGCCAUGGGGCGCUUCAGGACGCUGUCUGCAGAGGAGCGACUGUCGUGGACGGAAAGAGCAAAAAGCCAAACGGGAGACGCAGCGGACCUGAAGAAGAGGAAGAGAGGAGGAGGAGGAGGUGAUGAAGAAGGAGCGGCCGGAGGAGAUGACGAACAUGGACCGGUGGAAGCAGAUGAAAAUAGUGCCAAGAAGAAGAGAUCUUUGGAUCCCUCCGCCAAGCUUUCAGCGUUUGCUUUUAACAAAAACUGACUUUUAAAUCCUCGAUGCGUCCGUGCUGCAGGUUCUGUUCUUUCAGGCACUUGAUCAGAACAUUUAAAGAGGCCUUGGGUUAUUGAUCAGGUAGACCUUCAUUUCUUACAUUCAUGACAUUUCUUCUGUGUAUUUUAAAAGUUGAAUAAAUGUAAAUGUUUGUUGGUUCA